UCAAUAUAUGAGUGACCUAUUCAUCUGAUAAUCAACUAAGACAUGAAACUUUCAAAAGACAAGACACAAGUCAUGUGUUGACAUCUAAAUAAACAGUUUGUCAACAAAAACAUGUGUUUUGUGUUAACACGUGAUUCACGUAUUGUUUAUUGAAAUCUUAUUUAAAGUACUUUACAAUCACUUUAGUAUCACUUUAUUGAUUGAUCCGUUAAAUUAGUUAUAUUUUGUGAUACAUAUUAAUAAAAGAAAUGUCUUUAAUGUCGGUUAUUAGUGAAGGCGAGAGAAAAUAUAUCUGCGGCGGUAUUGAUGUUAACAUGAGAUCCGACGGUCGGAGUUGCGAUGACUAUCAGCUGAUCACUAUUGAGAGGGAUGUGACCAACAAUUGUGAUGGUUCUGCACAUAUCAGAUGUGGUAAUAAUGAUGUUUUAGUUGGCAUUAAAUUGGAGAUUGAAUCGGUUAUAAAGACACAAGAAUGGGAUCAAAGAGGAAGAAUUGACUUUUCUGCUGAUAUCACAGCAAACGCUUCACCGAUGUUUGAGGGAAAACAAGGCGAAGAUAUGACCAAUAUUUUAGUGAAUCUAUUCUCGGAGUCCAUUCCACACUAUAUUGAUCUGAAAUCGCUGGUUGUGGUGCCUAACAGAUCCUUUUGGGUCAUUCAUAUAGAUAUUGUGGUUCUCGAGUGUGGAUCUCUUCCGUCUCUUAUUGAUUGUGCGGCCUUUGGCAUCAAAGCUGCUCUUUUUGAUACAAAAAUACCAAAAGUGAGUAUAGUUUCGGACGAUUCCAAUGAUUUUGUCGUAUCUGAAGAUGAAUUUGAAUCGACAAAACUGGAUGUCACACGAGUGCCAUUGUUUGUGUCGGUGUCCAGAAUCAGUACCCGAUAUGUGGUAGACGUUACUCGUGAAGAGGAAGAAGCCAGUAUUGCCAGCAUAUCAUAUGCAAUAAACUCAUUUGAAGGAAUUGUUUAUAUGAAGAAACUCAAGUCUGGAAGUCUACAUCCGGAACCGAUUAAAGAUAUUUUUGAGAAAGUUCAAAAUAUUGGUCACUCACUAAAUGAAUGUCUUAUCUCUAAGUUAACUGAUUCACAAAAUAAGGGAAAAAUUAGUUUUUUAAUGAAUUGAUAUCAAACAUAAUACCAAUU